GAAGAAGAAGAAGAAGACGCACUACUGUUACCGGGCUGUUUCUCUGCUGUCUGUCCACAAUUAAAGUGAGUGAGACUGGUUCACACUGCCGCGCGGUUCCUGCAGACCAUGCCCCACGAGCCCGACCCCCCUCCGGCGAAGAGAUUCAAGCCGGGGUCUCCCUUCUUCCGUCUGGAUAAGAGGCCCGGUGGCAUGCUGCUGCCCAGAGCGAGUCAUGCGCCGACCAGCCUGGACGUGCAGAGGAAACAGCUUCCCAUUUAUCAGGCCAGAACUCAACUGAUCAAUCAGCUGAGACAGCUGCACAAUGCUGUGCUCAUCGGUGAGACCGGCUCCGGUAAAACUACACAGAUACCACAGUACCUGUAUGAAGCUGGCAUUGGGCGGCAGGGUGUCAUUGCGGUCACUCAACCGCGCCGAGUGGCAGCCUUAUCACUGGCCGGACGAGUGGCAGAAGAGAAGAGAGUUCAAUUGGGGAAACUGGUGGGGUACACGGUGCGGUUUGAAGAUGUCACGUCGUCCGAGACCAAGCUGAAGUUUAUGACCGACGGGAUGUUGUUGAGAGAGGCGAUAGGAGAUCCAUUAUUGCUGCGAUACACUGUAGUGAUUCUGGAUGAAGCUCAUGAGCGUACGGUGCACACGGACGUCCUGUUCGGUGUGGUGAAGACGGCCCAGCGCAAACGCACCGAACAGAAUAAAGUACCACUAAAGGUUCUGGUGAUGUCUGCAACCAUGGAUGUGGACUUGUUCUCUCAAUACUUCAACAAAUCUCCAGUUCUGUAUCUGGAGGGCCGACAGCAUCCCAUUCAGAUCUACUACACCAAACGGCCUCAGUCAGACUACCUCCAGGCAGCUCUGGUGUCUAUAUUUCAGAUUCACCAGGAAGCUCCACCUUCUCACGAUAUCCUUGUGUUUAUGACGGGGCAAGAGGAGAUCGAAGCGUUGGCACGCACCUGUCGAGACAUCGCUAAACACCUGCCUGACACCUGCGUACCAAUGACAGUCAUCCCGCUGUACGCCUCUCUCCCCCCGACUCAACAGCUCCGGGUCUUUCAGCCCACACCAAAGGGAUCCAGGAAAGUCGUCCUCUCCACAAAUAUCGCCGAGACGUCCAUCACCAUCUCCGGGAUCAAAUACGUCAUCGACACGGGGAUGGUGAAAGCGAAACGCUACAAUCCAGACAGCGGUUUGGAGGUACUGGCAGUUCAGCGAGUUUCGAAAGCACAGGCGUGGCAGCGUGCGGGUCGAGCGGGGAGAGAAGAUGCUGGAUUCUGUUACCGUCUGUACACUGAAGAGGAGUUUGAUAACCUCGCCAACAUGACCGUCCCGGAGAUACAGAGGUGUAAUUUGGCCAGUGUCGUACUGCAGCUGCUGGCGUUGGGCGUUCCUGAUGUCCUCAACUUUGACUUCAUGUCUAAACCAUCACCCGAGUCUCUCCGGAUGGCCGUGGAGCAGCUUUACAUUCUGGGGGCUGUCGAGAAAAAAGAUGAACAGGUGUUAUUGACGCCGCUGGGCAAAAAUAUGGCCUGCUUACCCUUAGAGCCGCGCUUCUCUAAAACUGUCCUGAUGUCUCCGGACUUCUCCUGCACUGAGGAGGUUCUGACCAUCAUCUCUCUGCUGUCUGUGGACUCUGUGCUCUACAACCCCCCCGCUCGCAGAGACGACGUCCUCGCUGUCCGCAAGAAAUUCAUUUCCAGCGAGGGCGAUCACAUGACCCUCCUCAACAUCUACAGAGCGUUUAGGAAAGUCAGCGGCAACAAGGAUUGGUGUCGAGAAAACUUUGUGAACAGCAGGAACAUGGGACUUGUGUCAGAAGUCCGUGCCCAGCUCAAAGAUAUCUGCAUCAAGAUGAAUAUGAAGAUGGAAUCAUCUCAAUCAGACUUGGCGAACGUCCGUCGUUGUUUGGCUCACGGUUUGUUUAUGAACGCUGCAGAAUUGCAGCUGGACGGCAGUUACGUGGCUUUAGACACGCACCAGACUGUGGCGAUCCACCCGUCCUCCGUUCUGUUCCAGGCCAAACCAGCGUACGUGGUUUUUAAUGAGCUGCUGCACACGACGCGCUGCUAUAUGAGGGAUCUGUGCCUGGUGGAUUCUGAUUGGCUGCACGAAGCCGCGCCGGAAUAUUUCCGCCGCAAGCUCCGCGCAAGCAGGAGUUAGCCCUCCCGGACACAAGAGGGCGGUAAUGCUGCAGCUGAAUGACACGUUCUGACAUCACAUUUAUUAUUCCUGAAGAGUGCAUGAUUGAAGAGCAAUUCUAGCCUUAGACACGUUUUUACACGAUAUGCAUUUUGUUCACGUUAACGUUUGGACGUUUGCGCUGUUUUGUGCAAAUAUGCAACACAUUUGUCAGUUUUGCCAAACACUUUUAGUCGUUUGGGUAAUCGAGUGCUUUGUUAACCAAAUCUUUUCUAGAACCGAGUCGUUUCUACUUGCGAUAUUAAAUGCAAAGUUUUCAUGCCUGUUUCUACAGAUGUUUUACAAACUGUUUUAGAGUUCUGAUUGGAUGACAUUUGUUUCUGGAAUGUCUGCAUGUUUCUUUAAAUCAGGUUGGUCCAGGAGUAAACGUGAGAAACGUUUCAUUGAAGUGUUGCCGCUGGAUCAAAGUUAUCUGUGAUCAAAUUAAGACUAAAACAAAUGUCUUGCAGUGUGAGUCGGGAAAUAAGAAAAAAAAAAUUAUAUGAAUUGUUUUUUCACAUUACUCUUGGUUUUUGCGUAAUUGUCAUAAAUACAAUGUCCCAUAAUGUACGGGGGGGGAGGGGUUUCUCUUCAACUUUUUUUUUUUUUUUGAAGAGAGAAAUAAUUUUUUUCCCGUACAUUAUGUAAAUUGAAGACUUCGGCUCAGGAACGAACCAUUUCUUCUUUAACAGUUUUCAUUUAUUUAUUUAUUUAUAAUAAUGCAAAAAAUCCCAAUGGUCCUAAAAAACCCAAAUCAAAAUAUUGUUCCUUAUAUAUUUCUUUUGAUUUUGGCCAUUUCUUGACCGUUUUUGUGAGACUCUCCCAUUAAGUGUUUGUGAGGAGGAAGUAACUGCACACGUACAGACACGCCGUUCUGAACAACAUAUAAUGUGUGCCGUGACUCCGUCAUUUAAUGCACAAACACAAGUGCUGAAAUAAUGAUAUGUCAGCGUUAGGUGUUGUUUUGCUGGUGGAAUAAUCACUGAAUAUUUGAAUUCACCUGAAGCCUAAAAUAGUGUUGCAUUACCGUCGUUUCUUAAGAAUAAAAAACCAUCUUAGACAUUCUUAGACGCCUUAUUAAAUAAGACGUAACAGCCAUUACACUAUAAAUACAGCACCAAACUGUUGCACUGUCCGAUGUGAGCAAUAUGGAGUCUCUAAAUCCACGUGCCAAUGUUAAGAUUUGGAAUUCUAGAUUGAUUUAUUUGCACGGAGGAAAUAUUAGAUGAUAAUAUUACGCAUAGUAAUGCAUGCUACUGUUAGUCUGGGGAACAACAGCACAUCAUUUAACAAUGCAUUUCUUGAUUGCGUCACAAAUCCACGUGUUGUUGGACGUAUAAGUGAUGAAUGUCUGCUGUGCAUGAAAUAACAUGGUCAAAUAUGACCGCUCAGGUUUCUGUGGGACGCUGGACAUCAGCACAUCUUUAGGAUCAGGAUUUUUACAGUUCUUCACAGUUUCUGUUAAAGCAUGUGGAAGAAUCACACAUUACACAGUAUUAUUGAUCAAAAUAAA